AUGGAAAGUGUUGAAGAAACCAAGAUAGAACCCAAACAGGAGGAUGACUCUGGAAAAGAAACCAAACUAGAAACCAAGCACAAAGUUGUUGCUACUGAAAGAGAAACCUCAACAGAAGAUAACAAAAUAGAAGUUGAACUAGACAAAAAGGAGAUUGAACUUGAUGUUCCCAAGAAUGAAGAUACCAACAACCCAACUGAUUCUAAAGUAAACAUAAAAACUGAACCUCCUGAUGAGCCAUUGAUGUCUGAUAUCUUGCAUAUUACUUUAAGCAUAGAAAAUGAAAAGACAAGUACAGCACAGUCUUCGACAUCAAAAGGAAAGAGCAAAAAGAACAGAAAUCCAAUUAUUCAGAGAAGAAAGAAAAUUAUGCUCUCGGAUGAUGAGUGGGAACCAGAGAAAAAACCAACCACAGAUAAGGCAGCUAAAGAUGGUCCAACAAAAUCCGGUCUUGAGGAAUACUACUCUUAUGAUAUACUGAACCAGAUAGAAAUAGUAACAAUCAGUGAAGAGGAGCGUCUCGUGGAGUUGAAUGAGACGUACCAGUCUAGAAAACACAUGAACUAUUUGUGUGAAAAGUGCGCUGUAGGAUUUGUUGUUAAAGAUGCUUAUGAUGUACAUAUGAAGUUACACAGUAAGGAGUCAGGCGAGCAUGUGUGUGAUGUUUGCGACACGUACCUAAAGAGCGAGGAGACAUUACAUCGUCAUAAGUUACGUCACUACAGGCGAUACAGAUGCAUGGUCUGCAGCGUUCGCUACAAGGAUAAGGACGCCGUGGCCGGCCAUGUCUCAUUUAUGCACAGUGGCAACACUUUUAACUGUGACAAAUGCGGUUCCAGCUUCAAGCGUCCUCAGUACCUCCGCCGUCACAUAGAACAGAUCCACAAUAAAACAACGCCAAUGGAGUGCCCAAUCUGCCACCAGGUGUACUACGAAAGCGGGUGGUACAGGAAUCAUAUAAGGAAGCACAACAAGGAAAUCCAAGAGUCGAAGACGGUGAAGUGUACCCACUGCGACCGCAAGUUCAAACACAAGUCGUACCUGAAGACGCACAUGAUGAUCCACGAGUCCGUCGGUGACGUCACUUGCCUAGAAUGUUCUGGAACGUUCAAGAACUAUCACGAACUGGAUCUGCACUAUAAGGCGGAUCACCCCGAUAACUUUACCAUUCACCCAGAAGAAGAGAACCGCUGCAGCUACUGCAAAAGACCAUUCGAGACUCGAGCCAAAAUGCAUAACCACGUGCAGAGAAUGCACGUUGACGGUGGUAAAAAAUAUCAAUGCGACCACUGCAAGCGUCUAUACUACUCGAAGGGUGAAGUCCGUUCGCACAUUAAGUGGUCGCAUUUGUCGCACGCGGGCGGUCAUGCGUGCACGUGCGGACGCGUGUUUCGCACGCCAGUUCGUUUACGGGAGCACGUCGCUACGCGCCAUCUUGGCGCUGUAAUGCCGAGAGAUAAACAUUGUCCGGUCUGCAAUAAGGCUUUCUCUAAUCAACAAGUGCUGACUCGGCAUAUUAAAAGCCAUGCGGGCGAGAUGUUCCCCUGCACAGAAUGCGGGCGUCAAUUCAAGACGCAGUCCUACGUGAAAGUACACUACCAAGUCGCUCAUUUGAACAUGACGCGUGCACAGAUCCGCAAACUUAACCGCAGGAAAUUGAUAAUGGUGGAUAGUAUGGCAUCGACAAAAGCGGAACCGAACGACGAGGAUCAACUCUACGGCUGUUCGGAGUGCGACAAGAAAUUCAAAACGCAGUCUUACGUCCAGGUCCACUACUACACGAAGCACCUGAACAUGUCUCACGCCGACGCGAAGAAGAAAUGCAAGGAGAACCGCGGUUUCACGAUGCCGGGCGCUUCUAAGAACCCGAUGCAAAUCGAGGAGGUGUUCGUCAAGACGGAAUCAGAGGAUAUGGAGGCUGAGGAGAACGGCAUAGAGAUACCAAUGUUUGAGACGUUUGUCGAUAUCCAAAGAACGUCUGUGUAA